CCAGCUCAUCGCGGCUGCGUGUCCGUCUCCUUGCAGGGGAAGCAGAAGAAGGCGCGGAAGUACGCGGUCAUGAAGCGCAUGAUCAGCCUCCGGGACCAGCGCAUUAACGAGAAGGACCGGGCGAAAGCCCCCGUGAAGAAGAAGGAGGACCCGAGUGCCAUCAAGGAGCGGGAGGUCCCCCAGCAUCCCUCUUGUUUGUUCUUCCAGUAUAAUACACAGUUGGGACCCCCUUAUCACAUCCUGGUUGACACUAACUUCAUCAACUUCUCCAUCAAGGCCAAGCUGGACCUAGUGCAGUCAAUGAUGGACUGUCUCUAUGCCAAGUGUAUUCCAUGUAUCACAGAUUGUGUAAUGGGUGAAAUUGAGAAGUUAGGACAGAAGUACCGUGUAGCGUUAAGGAUUGCCAAGGACCCUCGGUUUGAACGCUUGCCAUGUAUGCACAAAGGAACCUAUGCAGAUGACUGCUUGGUACAGAGGGUGACUCAGCACAAAUGUUACAUUGUGGCCACAGUGGAUAAAGAGCUCAAGCGGAGAAUACGAAAAAUCCCAGGAGUGCCUAUAAUGUAUAUUUCCAGGCACAGAUACAAUAUUGAGAGGAUGCCAGAUGAUUACGGAGCUCCUCGAUUCUAACCUGUCCAGCCAAGCCAUCAAUGCCAGGACUCCGAGCCAGGAUAAGGGUCCUUCUGGUUCCAACCCUCUUGAUUUCUUUUUUGCUGGGACUCUGGUCAAGGGACUGUGGGUGACAUUGGUUUGACUUGAUAGCCUUGAUCUUCUAAGAAAAAGCUACUUGGAAGAGUCUGUUUUUAUUUAUCCUUGUUCUGACUUGGCCUGAUUACCUAUAGCUGGGAGAAGCAUAUGGGAAAGAGAGGACGGCAGUGUCCAGAACAUGCCUAACUCCCACUUCAUUGGAAAAAGUGAUUGCAGCAUUCUGAAUUAAAUAUCGGUGAUGCAACUCUGGCUGAGAAUGAAACCACAGAAAUUUUCUAAGUUUCUUACUGCUGCACCUGCAGGAGGACAAGUAUUCCUCUGGGAAACUCCCUCACACCUGUCGCAUGAGCAAAUUGGAAUCUGUGUUCUGGACAAAAAUCUGCACCAGUUGGUGUGCCUUCUCUGGACCAGUAGUCUGGAAGAUUUUAAUUCAGAAUUGAUGGGCUGUACAAUUCAACUGUACAAUGAAUGAAGUGGGGUUAAGUGUUGCUCAGAUUCCCAUGUCUGUACUGGGUUAGCUGGCAGCUCAGUCCUUUUGCUUAUAUGCAGAGUGAUGGUGGGAGGCCAGGGCUGGGUUGUGACAGACCUCUCCCUCUUGUUUGCUUGGCACCUAUGCACCUCAAAGCAGUGGAAAAAAUAUUUCAAAGCUGCAACUCUGCAUUCUCCUAUCUUCUCCAUUAUAUUGCUAAAAAUUAAAGAGUAAUUUGCUCUUCUGAUCUCUGCUUUGCGGUGAGGAGAAUUGCCUUAAGACUGAGAGGCGAGAGACAAUAUGAGGGUCACCAGGGGCCAACAUGCCGUAGCGUGCUUCCUGGCCAAAAUGCUGAAGUUGGGGUAUAGUAAAGGGGGAGACUGGUAUAAUUAGGAAAAUUUCCAAACUUUACUAGAGCUUUUAUCCUGUGGUGCCAUACACUGGUCCAGGCUGCAGAGAAUAGCUGAACUCAGAUGUCUGUAUGCUGGGCAGCAUACAGUGAAGAUAAUACCUC